AUGGCCAAUGAAACUUCUGUCACUGAGUUCCUCCUCCUAGCAUUCGCAGACACACGGGAGCUGCAGCUCUUGCACUUCUGGCUCUUCCUGGGCAUCUACCUGGCUGCCCUCCUCAGCAACGGCCUCAUCAUCACCGCUAUAGCCUGUGACCACCGUCUCCACACACCCAUGUACUUCUUCCUCCUCAACCUCUCCCUCCUUGACCUGGCCUCCAUCUCCACCACUGUGCCCAAAUCCAUGGCCAACUCUCUCCGGGCCACCAGAGCCGUUUCCUACUCAGGAUGUUCUACACAGUUUUUUUUCUUUUCCCUUUUGAUAUCAGCAGAAUUUUUUCUUCUCACCAUCAUGGCCUAUGACCGCUAUGUUGCCAUUUGCAAACCCCUGCACUAUGGGACCCUCCUGGGAAUCAGAGCUUGUGUCCACAUGGCAGCAGCUGCCUGGGGCACUGGAUUCCUCUAUGCUGUGCUGCACACUGCCAACACAUUUUCUAUACCUUUCUGCCAAGGCAAUGCUGUGGACCAGUUCUUCUGUGAAAUCCCCCAGAUCCUCAAGCUCUCCUGCUCAGAUGCCUACCUCAGGGAAACUGGUCUUGUCAUGUUUAAUGCAUUUGUAUUUUGGUGCUGUUUUGUUUUCAUUGUGCUGUCCUAUGUGCAGAUCUUCAGGGCUGUGCUGAGGAUCCCCUCUGAGCAGGGACAGCACAAAGCCUUUUCCACGUGCCUCCCUCACCUGGCCGUGUUCUCCCUGUUUAUCAGCACUGGCACAUUUGCCUACCUGAAGCCCCCCUCCAUCUCCUCCCCAUCCCUGGAUGUGGUGGUGGCUGUUCUGUACUCGGUGGUUCCUCCAGCAGUGAACCCCCUCAUCUACAGCAUGAGGAAUCAGGAGCUGAAGGCAUCCAUCAGAAAAGUUAUUUCAGAGAUGCUUCUCAUUUGCCAUAAAUUUUCCAUCACUCUUUGGGAAUGCCUCUCAUGGUGCCCCACU